UCGUGUGGUCCACCAAUAUAAUAAACAUGGCCGACUCCAAAAAACAGGAGAAAAGAGCACCAGAGAAAAAAGUUGAUCUUGGAUUACUUGAGGAGGAUGACGAAUUCGAAGAAUUUCCAGCAGAGGAAUGGGGAAGCGAAGAGGAGGAUCCUACUGACUCCAAUGUUUGGGAGGACAACUGGGAUGAUGAUGAUGUGGAGGAUGAUUUCUCCAAGCAGCUGAGAGCGGAACUUGAAAAACAGGGGAGCAAAGACCAGCCAGAACCAAUGAAGACGUAGCAUGAAGCAGGAGGGGGGGUCAAGGGUCACAUCUGAGGUCAUUUCACCUUUGGAAAACCUAAACAAGGUUUAAACUGAGAUCUAUCAGCUAUGGACUUGAUCAGCUCAGUAAUUGGGCAUCAAAUUAUGGAAGAAUGUACGUCAUCAUGUUGGCAUCAGAUUUUAAGUUUCACUGUGUAAAGCUGUAGGUUGUAGAGAGUGUUUUGAAUUGACAUUCAAAGACUUGCAUAUAUUCUUUAUAAAAGUUUCUUUUAUUCUGUAAUGAAAUUUGCAAGGAACUACCCAUUUCUACAGUAGUUCAAGGGCACUGCAGCACUAUCACCUCACAAAUACAUGUUGCAAAGAUACAGAUACUCUUCUGAUUAGUUGACUAAAUUUUCUUUGAAUGCUUAUCUGGGAAUACCUAGAGGCUCUGAAUGACAUAGCAUUCUAACAAAAGGCCUUGUCAGUGAAUUCAGUAUCUGGUUUUGUCAUUGACACAUUCAUGUUGCUUGUUGGUUAUAGCCAGUUGAUGCUUUGAAUACCAAACUUCAAAUGCAGUUCUUCAAAAAAUGAAGAAGCAGACAUUUGUAAGUUUUCCAAGGUGUUUAAGGAACCCAUGUGCAUUUUGUUUCAUCUACCCUUACCUCUUUGUGAACUUCUAUACGUUGCUUUCAAGAAAAUUCUGAAUUUUUACAUGGUUUCAAAAGGGAGUUCCUUUUGUUUUGUGUAUUAGUGGAUUUCUUUUCUUUAAGUUUUUACAAGUACAGUAGAAAUAAAAGCCACUGUAGAAGAUCAGGAUAAGUCUCCACAAUUGAUACAUUUAUCUAAACAUAAGGAAACUUUGGGUGUUAACAAAAGUCCCAUCACAAAAUUACAAUGAAUGUUCUGUAAAGCAUUUUUUAACUUGGAAACACAUUGUUCCCUUCAUGGAUGUUAACUACAGUAUAUGAAAGAAGUUCAAUUAAAAUUGUAAGGAUAAAAUUG